AUGCUGCGCGAGCAGAAGCAAAAGUUCGAAAAUAUUAAGAAUGAUAAAAAUUUGAAUAUAACGCAAAUACAAGUUCUUGAAGGUUGUAGUCGUAAGGUGGUGUACCCUAUGUUAGAAAAAGAAUUGAUAGAUUUAAGUGAAACUAUGGAUAUUAGAGGUAUGAAGUUUUCCUAUAAUUGGACUAAACGGUUUAAACAACGAAAUAAGCUAGUGAAGCGUGCUCGAACACAAGUAGCUCAGAAAGUCCCUGAAGAUAUUCUUACUUCUAUAUGGUUUGAUAUGCCACGGGAUUCGACAAUUGAUUUUAAAGAUACUCACAAAGUCUAUAAUCGUGAUGAUGUAACUAGAGCAUUGAAGGCAGAAGGCUUAGAUAUGUUAGAAAUACCCAGGGGUACUACUAGUGUUUUACAACCACUAGACAUCUCUGUUAAUAAGCCUUUUAAAAACAGAAUGAGAAAUAAAUGGGAAGAAUGGAUGGAUAAAGGAGAAAAAAAGUAUACUAAAAAAGGAAAUCUAAAAAAAGCAUCAUAUAAACUCGUGUAUGAAUUGGUGUCUGAAACAUGGAGAGAAAUCAGCUCAAAUCUUUUAAUCAAAUCGUUUGAAGCAUCUGGACUUGUACUUAAUCCAGAUGGUAGUGAAGAUGAUAUGAUAUCAGGCCGCCUUAAAGCUAUUGUUGAAAAUUGUUUGAACGAACUGCCAAUUGAAGACACACAAGCAGAAGAGUCGAAUCAUGAUGAUAGUGAGCCAAAUGAUGGUGAGCUAGAUGAUGAUGAAAUGGAUAAUGGUGAAACAAAUAAUAGUGAAAUGGAUAAUGGUGAAAUAGAUAAUGAGCAGAAUGAUAAUAAUCUGGAUUAUUAUGAUUUGGAUUAUUAUAAAGAAAAUAUAAUGGAUAUAGAGUACUACGGAGAAAUGUACAGUAAUGAAGCAACCGAAAUUAAUUAA